UUAUCGAUAACUUGUCAAAUCCGGCAACCAUCUGAAAGAGCCGCGCUUGCAAUUGUUUCCUUUUUACCUAAUAACUUCAAAUAAACACAUUUUUAAGAUGAACAAGGACAACUCCAGCAUGCAGAUGGAUCCCCAGUUGGCCCUUCGCCUGCUGGCCGACGGCGGGGUCCUGGUCAUCGCCGGUGUGCCCGAGGGCACGGAAUUCGGCAUAGACCUAUGCGCAUACACCAUUGGACCCGAUUUCCGUGGCGUCAAGAUGAUUCCUCCUGGUGCCCACUACGUGUGGUGCUCCUCUCGUGGUCCCUACGGCGAUGCAGCUCCACGCGUUGGCUUCGUGCACUUCUUCCAUCCCAACGAAAUUGUGGUACGCGAAUGGGAUCACGAGCUGGAGGAACUGCGUCCACGACGGAUUGCCGAACCGGAGGUGGAGCGCGACCGAAUCCGCAAGAACCUGGCUCAACUGGAGCGAAUGCUGGCGCCCUACGACUACCGCUACGUAGUCCAAUGGAAGGAGCUUACCGGCAGCGUGACAGAGCAAUGUGUGGAUCGCUGUCGUCCGACCGAGGGAACCAUACGUACGAACAUCGAACUGCAAUCCUGCCCGGAUGCGGAGCGUCCCAGGGGAGCAGCGGGAUCGACCAGCAUCGGCCGGAGGAAUGCUGCCGCCCGGCUUCUGUUGGAUGAGAGCGAACUUCUGCCAGACCUAAAACCCGUGGAGGGAACUGCACCACGCUUUAGUAACGUACCCCAGCGUGUUCCUCAGGAUGCCCCGCCCGCAGAUGUCUCCCGACAUGCCAUGGACUGCAUAGAAGCUGUAGACAAGUUGUUCGAAGGCUUCGACACCGCCGACGGACUCAUUGAGGAACUGCAACUGGCCUACGUUUUCUUCCUAGUGGGAUACUCCGUAGAGUCCCUGGCGCACUGGCGUAAGCUUCUGGGCUUGCUGGCUCACUCGGAAUCAGCAGUGACCAAACACAAAUUGGCGUACAUGAAGUAUAGCGAGGUACUGGCCCAUCAGCUGCCUCAUUUGCCCGAGGAGCUCAUGGUGCCCAGUCCGCACAAUACGGUGUACAAAGAUGUACGCGAACUGUUGGUCAAUUUGCAUGCAGGCGGCUUAAGUGUUAGUGCCGAGCGGCUGAGCAAGCGACUGGAGAAAAAGCUGGGAUGGGUGUUUGAAGGCCUGCUGGACGAGGACCCUGAGGAUCAGCCCGUGGUUAUUGAACUUCCGGAGCCCUAAGGGAACAGCACUACGCAUGAAAUCGCAACGAGUGCUGGGUGCGCAAAUAGUUCCACAGAUCCCGGGCCGUGCGGAUGCUGACCAUGAAUUGGCACAACUUGGUCUCGAUCAAGCAGAGGAUCAAGAACUUGGCUCGCUUGUCCUUCAGCAGGGACUGCAACGUAAUGCGGCAUGGGGAGGGGUUUGAUGUACGCUUAUGUGGAGCCACCACUCACCUCCUCGUUAUUCUCGGGACCAUUCUCAACCACCGACCAGAGUUCCUCGGACUCCAGAUACGCCCGCACCGUCAUCGACCAGGCCUUGUAGUUGUCCAGGCCUUUGAGCUUCUCGAUUUGCAGCUGCAGUGCCAUCUCCGAGACUCGAGCUACGUUUUGCAACUAAACCGCAGUUCUGCCCUUUGCUGUUUCCCUACCUUUAGCAUUGCCUCUUUCAGUUGCUGCCCAGAUUUUCAAAUAUAGAUAUCUAAGCAUUUGUAUAUGUAUAUGGCUUUUCCAUUGUGCGCAUCAGCAUGCAGAAAACAAUAGCCACUAGACCCACUUUUUCGUGUUGCUUCUGGCCCAACGAAAGUGCUGGCCAAAUGACAUUGAGCUUAAGUGGACACUUCUGAUUUGACGCAGCAGCGUUGUAGUUUUCUUGUCUGCCUGUAUUUUGUGCCUUAGCAUAGACUACGGAUUUGGUUUGGCAUAUAUAGUGCGCUUUUCGAGCUUACAUCCUUUGGUACAACAUUUAAUUAUCUGAAAAAGUGUCUUCUUCCUAAUUAUUAGUCGGAAGAUACCGAAAAAGUGAUAGGGAGUGUUAACAUGAUUUAUUAUCAAGCUAUUCCUAACUAAUCCUAAUAAUAAUAAAAAAUCUCUGCAAAAUACUGAUAUCAAGAGAUGAAAUCCCUGUUAAAUAAAAAUAUAUAUUUUUUCAUUAUUAUUGAUAGGCGUCACUCGACAGAAUAGUCAACUAUUUAUUGAAGACAUUUGUCUGGUCCGACAAAGCAAAAUUUCCGCUCUAUUGUAUUGAACAUCUCGCUGAUUGGCUCUGCCCAUUUCGUAACCCCAUAAACACACGAGCCCGAAACUCAAUUAACAAUAAAUUGUGAUGCCCAA